AUGGACCGGGCGUCCUUUUACCUGUGUUUCCAAAAUAUCGCCAAAGACAAAGAGGAGGACCUGGAAGAGAAGAUGGCAGAGUUGAUUGCAGACGUACUCCAACAAGAUAAGCAAGAGAUAAUUAGAGAAUUAGAUGACGUAUACAGACUCAUUUAUGGAUCUUCUCCAGCGACAGAUGGCAAGACACAAGAUAUUUUCUAUCAUCGAUUUUUCCCAAAUGAUAAUUUAGAUGAAGAUGCUGGGAAGCCGUGCACUGGAGAAGAGAAGUUUGAGAAUGUACCUAAGUCUGUGUUUGACACCACCCUGACUGGGCAGAGUUACAGCAUCUAUAAUACAGUCUAUGCUGUGGCACAUGCUUUACAAGCCAUGCUUUCCCCCACGUUGAAACACAGAAUAAGAGAAGUUGGGAGAGAAACAUUUCUGACUCAAAAAGCAUGGCAGCUCCACCACUAUUUGAAAACCAUCUCAUUUAAUAACACUGCAGGACAGCAAGUCUCCUUUAAUGAAAAUGGAGACUUGAACACUGGAUUUGAUAUUAUCAACUGGGUCACCUUCCCAAACAAGAGCUUUGUUAAAGUCAGAGUUGGAAAGAUCGACCCAACCAAUUCUCCGGAUAAACUAGUUGUCAUUUCUACAGAGGACAUCAUCUGGCCUGCCAUGUUUAACCAGGUUCAGCCGCUUUCUGUAUGCAAUGACAAUUGCUAUCCAGGAUACAGAAAGAUGAAAAUAGAAGGGAAGCCAUUUUGCUGUUAUGAUUGCCUUCCAUGUGCAAAAGGGAAAAUUUCAAACCAGAAGGAUGCAGUUGAUUGCUUCCAAUGUCCAGAAGAUCAAUAUCCAAACAAGGCUCAAACUCUUUGCAUUCUAAAAGAAAUAACCUUCUUCUCUUACAAUGAGCCACUGGGACUCACCUUGACCAGUGUUAGUCUUUUCUUUUCUGUCAUCACCAUUGCGGUGCUGGGAAUCUUCAUUAAAAAGCAGGACACCCCCAUUGUCAAAGCCAACAACAGGAACCUCACUUACAUCCUUCUCAUUGCCCUUCUGCUCUCCUUCCUUUGCACUUUCCUUUUCAUUGGACAACCGGAUCACGUGAAAUGUCUCAUGAGACAAACUGCUUUUGGUAUCAUUUUCUCCAUAGCCCUUUCUUGCAUUUUGGGUAAAACAACCAUAGUUGUUCUUGCUUUCAUGGCCACAAAGCCAGGCUCCAAAAUGCAGAAAUGGGUGGGGAGAAGGAUGGCUCUUUCUAUUGUCCUUUCUUGCUCCUUGACUCAACUCAUGAUCUGUUUAGUGUGGCUGGCAAUUUCUCCCCCCUUCCCAGAUUCUGAUAUGCACUCCAUGGCUGAAGAAAUUGUCUUAGAAUGUAAUGAAGGUUCAACCACUAUGUUUUAUAUUGUUCUUAGUUUUCUGGGAUUCCUGAUUGUUAUCAGCUUCUCAGUAGCCUUUCUAGCUAGGAAGUUACCUGACAGCUUUAAUGAAGCCAAAUUUAUCACCUUUAGCAUGUUGGUCUUUUGUAGUGUCUGGAUAUCCUUUGUUCCCACCUAUCUGAGCACCAAGGGAAAAUACAUGGUGGCUGUGGAGAUCUUUUCCAUUUUGGCUUCUGCAGCUGGAUUAUUGGGUUGCAUCUUUUCCCCCAAAUGUUAUAUUAUUGUUCUGAGGCCUGAUUUGAAUAUAAAGGGGCAAUUAAUCAAGAAAUAA